GUCCAUAAGUGUCUGCUGGUCUGUUUUUGUUGAGAUCUUGUUUCUGCGAAUAACCCUUCACCAGUGAAGAUGGUACCCAAUAAUGUGUUACAAGGUUCAGUCUUCAACCGUUCUCACCUCCAAUAUUGGGAGAUAUCUCCCUAUUUUAGGGAAGAUGUCCUGUUUGAGUAAAUUGUGACGAGACCGCUACAGAGAAAUUUGGGGAACUAACACAAAAACCCCGAAAUUUCCCUAGAAUCUUACGACACUCAUGGCUUUUUCCUAAAAUUCCCCAAACUUCGGAGAAACUACCACAUUUCUGAAGACUUCAGAGAAACCCCAAAACUCACACAAAGUUCCUCAAAAUUUUCCAGAGAUAGUGAGAUUAGUCGGUAUUCUGUUGGUGUUUCUGCAGAAACUCUAAUCAUGGGAUAAGAUAUGAUUAGGCGUAUAAAGACCGAAUUAGUGAAAUAUUUUAAGCCUACAAUAUUACCUAACUAACUGUCGUUUUUGGAUGGCUUGCAAGUCACAUAUGCUGGCAAUGUGGAUGAAUUUGUAUCUUCAAGUAACAUGUGGCUUGAUGUGUCGCAUACAUGACUUAUAGGUUUAUGAACUGGAUAUAACUUCUUGAAAGAUGCUUUUAUGGCGUCAGAAACAUAUGAUUCGGACCAUUCAGAUUUCCAGAUAGUUUGAAAAUGUUCAUAUGAGAAUCUGUUUUAGUCGCUAGAAUGAGGCACAAUACAACCAUAUACUGUUAUUUUUCGUGUGGACUAAUUAAUCAUACACAUGCCUGAGAUUCGCGUAGAAUGGUGUUUUUAAGCCUUCGAAUGAUGUAAGUUCAAGGAUCUAAAUAUUUCAUCUUCUGUGCUCAGCUUCAUUUUGAGAAGGAUAGGAGGCUAGAACACCUGUUACUUCUAAAUAUAGGGUCCCUCGGCUCAACCAACGUUCUAUUAAAACAUCGACAAAUGGAGCUUAAGUCGACUGUCGAGUUAAGAAGUUUCAGUCUUAUUGAUUCGUUGGGGAAUUCAGCCGUUCAUAGAUAUGUAGUUUGUUAUGGUCUUGUGAACUUGUGGGGAUCUCGUCAUAAAUUUUCUGUUUCGAGAGCCAAUCAAAAUGAGACCCUAUGAGAUGCGAAAUUAUUAUUAGACAGUUUGAGAAUUGUAGCCAAGUCACAUCUAGCCUUCCUAUAUGACAAGCGGAGUAGGUUUAGUUUAGCUAGUUUAUCGCCGUACGGUAGCUCUGGGAUUCCGAGAAUCAAAUUGUUUGUGGUUCUUUAAGUAUUUUUCAACUAUCUAUUGUCUUUUUCAGGCUUGAGCUGACUGCUCGCAUGCAAUAGUUGAAUUUAGGACGAACGAAUACUAUGUGUGAAGUCGAAGGUUCUAUCAUAUACGUGGCCAAAGGCUCUACUUAUCGACUAGAGGAUUCUGAAAUUUUGGCAGUUUUCGCGACUUGACUGAUAAUGACUCUUAAAUCAGUGUGUGUCUGAACAACAGGUACAUGUAAUUCGGCGUUUCCAACUAUUUUGAAGAUGACUAUUUCGAAAAACAUGCUUGUUAUUUUUGUUUUCCUCUUCCUCGACGUCGUAACUGUGAGUAUGAUUCUACCGUGGAUGCCUUCUCUUUUAGAAACAUACGAGUCUGAAAAAGAAUGGUUUUAUAUUUUGUCCAAGAAAUAUAUCCAAUACCUGGGUUUUUUUUUGGGACUUCAAGAAGGUUCUACAUGGGACAGAGUAUUCAUUGGAGGCCUUCUGUCGUCAUUAUCAUCCUUGGUGCAGUUUGUAUCGUCGCCUGUAGCCGGAGCUUUAUCAGACUAUUUUGGCAGAAAAUCGGUCUUAGUUGUCCUUCAGGUAUCGCUUAUAAUUGUUAAUGUUCUCUGGUCAGUGUUGGGUAAGUCAUUUCUGUGGCUACUGAUGUAUCGUGUAUUAUGUGGUGCUGCACGAGCAAAUGUCGGUGUUGUAUCAGCACUUGUUGGCGAUAUCAGCAGUGAUACGUUGCGUACUAAAAGAAUGGCGGUUGUUGGCCUGGCUUAUGGUAUCGGAUUCACUGUAGGACCACCAUGCUCAGUUAUCUUACUUAGCCAGUGGAAAGUACACACAUCAACUGAAUACUUGAGCUGUAUGCUGGGUUCUACGUGUUUGCUUCUUAAUUGUAUAAAUCUCUUAAUCUUGAUUUUUGCUAUGCCGAGUACAUUACAAAAGGGCGGAGAUAUCGGUCUAUUAAUCAACCAAGCAGUACGUUUGAUAAAUCCGGUGAAGUUGUUUUCACUAACUGGCACAACGAAAUGUCCUAAAUAUGAAAAAUCUUUGCGUCAUUUGGCAUACUUUUGGUGCGGCUACUUGUGCGUAUACUGCGGAAUAGAAUAUACAAUACUGUUUUUGGCUAGAAUCCGCUUUAAUUUCUCAAGCUCUGAUCAAGGCAGAAUGUUCGGCUUUAUUGGGAUAAUAAUGAUUCUAGUUCAAGGCUGCUUUAUACGUAGCUUCAAACUUGGUGGAGAAGACAAAGCCAUUACAUGGAGUUCUUGCUGUUUGAUUUUGGCGUCUGCCAUUUUCAGUUUCGCCACAAAUAUUUUCGUUUUCUAUAUCGGACUAGCUUUAUAUGCAUUUGCAUCCUCCAUCUUCUUUCCGAGUGUAAACGGUUUGGUUUCUUUGUACACUACUGCAGAACAACAAGGGCAAACGUUGGGUAUAUUCCGUUCACUGAAUGCAUUGGCUCGUGUCAUGGGUGCGGUGAUUGUUACUACAGUUUUUUGGAUUUAUGGACCUAACAUAACCUAUAUGUUAUGUACUGUCUUCUUAACUUUACUGCUUACUUACAGGAAAAUUACUUUAGUAGUAACUAAAUGUCAGUCCAAACAAACGUACAAGGAUGAGUAAAUCAGCAACAGACCAUCAGGGUAUCCUUUCUCACAAACUGCUGUACAGCUACUGCUAAACAGGUUUCUUUGUCAUUAAUUGACUCAGAAUACCAUGUACCAUCACCGAAAAUCUCCCAAGUAGUUUGAUAAAUGUCAUUGCUGUUAAAAUUAACCAAAUUCUUUUAAAAUUAAAGCAGUGACGUAAAAUAAAUAUUGUUUUUGGU